UGGGAGUGGGUACCUGUCAAAUUUGGGUACCCGCUACCACUUCCGGUCCAAUCGCCUAGGCGACUGGAAGCGGAAGGUGUCCUCCCUCCCUGUAGUCUUUUGGGAUGUGUGACAGGUCCCAGAAGACUACAGGACCAUUCAUGGAGCAGAGUACUACUCACGCAUGCGCAGUGAGUGCCCGGCUGUGAAGCCGCAAGCUGCCACAGCUGGGUGCCUACACUGAAGAUGCCGGCGUCUGGAACACAGGACGGCCAGUGAUACAGGCUGCGGGGGACACACCCCGG